CUUGACACAUAAAAGCGAAAUUAUGCCAUACAUGGAGAAACUUCAAAUGCUGGUACAUUUGAAUUCAUUUGAGGCCGUAUCAGAAGAUGGAAUGUCAUGGUAUGUCCCAUGUAUGAACAAAAAGCAGUUCAAAGCUGACUUCCAUGAAGAUAAGUGGGAAUGUUCGUCCAUUUUGUGCUAUCGAUUCACUUCCUUUGCCAUUUUUGUGUUCUACAGACUGGUAGCGUACUGCAUGGGUACUCUUAGAUGGAAAGUUUCAACAGAUGAAAAUCAUGAAGGAAAUUUAUGUCUUUAUCAAACAGCGGCAGUGUUUGAUCACAAAGAACACACUAUUGUUGUUGGCAUAUGUAAUGACGAAAUUCAGUUGCAAGUGUUGCGAAUCAGACCAUUGGCUGUGGAUAAAGAGAUUUCAAACGAAAUUGGAGACUACGUUGAAUAUGCCAUAGAGAAUUUGACAGAAACAUUUAUUGACACAAACAUUUUCUAUAAAGGAUUCAAAUGCCAAAACAUUAUUUGUAAUGAGAGAGAUUUAUCUUUUACCCUUGCAAGUGAGCUCUCCAAAAUGAAGGCUACAGAAACGCAGUGCAAGUGUCAACUUCAGGACAAACAUGUGAUAAAUGUACAGACGACUUUGAGUUUUUGGGAAAACGAACUAGAAAAUGGAUCCAACAAAGAAAAGAAAUCGUCAAUAUUGUUAUCAAGAGAAGCUUUUGAAAAUGAGCUGAGAUAUGGAUCCUGCAAAAUUCGACAGGUUCGCAUAAUGGUUGUUGGUCACUAUGGAGUUGGGAAAACAACAUUGACAUACGGUUUAAUUGGAGAGGAUAAGAAAGUAAUAGAAAGCACGGAUGGGAUUGACCUGUUUCGAGCUCGAUGUCGAAUGGAAGAUUUGCAACAGGACUCUAAAAAGUGGUGUUUAGUUCAGGGGAACAUAAUGUCACCUGCUGCCUUGGCAGCAGCACCAAAUGCGACGCCUUAUUACAGAAAAGAACAACGACAACAUACAGGAAUAUCUGAAAAAUGCAAAAAGAAAACAACCUUCGUAGAAGAGAAAAAGAAGCAGACAUUGAUUAAAUCUCCAGAUCGUAGCAGUAAAAAUAAUGAAACUGCUACUCCUAUAUCUCAGUCUGUAAAAAGCUCUGAUAAAACAUCUGCGCAUUACCAGACUGACGAUGAAGACAUUUCCCAAUAUACAAAACCUGAAAAAUCAUCUGAAAAUGUAAGAAAAAGAGGCAAUUCUUCUUCAGAAUUUCACAAAAAGUCUCAGAAGGCAAGUACACCCGAUCUUGAAAAACGAAUGAAAGAUAUUUUUAUUGACCUUUGGGACUUUGGGGGUCAAAAUGUAUUCUACACAACUCACCAGAGCUUUCUUACGAGUCGAUGUAUAUAUCUGCUCGUCAUUAAUUGUGCCAUGAACUUAAAUGCAAAACUUCAGGACAGAUCUUUAUAUCCAACACAACAAUCAGAGCCUAAAGUUGAAGACUUUAUAGACUUUUGGGUGUCUACUAUAACAAACUAUGCAAGCAGCGAUAAACCCGGAUUUCCGCGUAUCAUUCUAAUUGGGACUCAUGCUGAUAAACUUGUAAAAAAUACAUCCAACAGGAUAAAAGAGGUUUGUUUAGAGAUUAAGGAAAGAUAUCAAGGACUGGUUGAUAAAGGACAAUUAGUCAUAAAGGAAGACUUAUUUCUCAAUGCUAAAGAUACAGACGAAGAAAAACAUGCUUUCGUCAGAGAGUUUAUCAUAAAAGAAGCAAAGUGUCAGCCCCAUUGGGAAGAGCUUUUCCCAAAGUCAUGGCUUCAUCUGUUGGAUUUUAUUGUUACUAAAAGAGAAGAAGGGCUUGACAUUUUAACAUUAAAAGAACUCAAGGAGUUUAAUCAAAACUCCAUUGUCCCUUUGACAGAGUUUUCUUUAGAAAACAUGCUACAACGACAGCAUGAUAUUGGCGACAUUAUCUUUUUCAAUACCGAUAAAUUGAAGGACAUUAUAGUUUUAGACCCUUCGUUUCUAAUAAGAGCUCUGAAAAGUCUAAUUUCAACACGAGGCCAUAUGAAAAAAGCAGGAGUGAAUGCAGAAAUUUGGAAAAAUCUAUCAACUAAAGGUGUCGUAUCAGAAGAUGCAAUAAAAGAAAUAUGGUCAAGCAAUGAACUUCUAAACAAGCAUGCAGAUAUCCUGUUGAAUAUUUUUCAACACAUGGACAUACUUGUGAAACCUAAGUCAUAUCACGAUGGAAAACAAGUGAAUGUCCACCAGGAAAAAAUAUUUUUCAUUCCCUGCAUGAUUGAAGAAUUGAACAGUAUUGAGAGAGUAGACAAAUUUCUUGAAAAUUCUAAAGAACUAUACGAGUUUUAUGACAUCUCGAUAAACCACGGAAUACUUGUCCCACCCGCUAUUGGAUACAGAUUGCUUUCUUUCUGUACGUCUAUGUGGCCAGUGGUAGAAGGUAGAUUGUUCACCGCCUGUGGAUUUUUCCGAUUAGAUCUUCAUCAUAUUCUGAUAUUAAAGAUAUAUCCUUCAAACAUUCGAGUAUACGUUGUACACAGGAGGUCCAAAAGAAGCAUCAGUGCUGCUCUCUACAACAGUAUCAAUAGGACACUUAUUUCUUUUCUAGAGGCCUGUUUACUCCAAUUUCACAACAAUUUAGCUGUUAUCAACGGAUGUCGGGAAAUGGGAGAUGAUGCUUUAUCUCAUGGAAUCCCAAAUUGCAACGAAAACUGUCCGGGUAUUGGGAAUACUUGCCAUGGGAAAAAUGUAGAAGAAGUUGAACUGUCACGGCUAGUUAGGUACUUGAGUCCAACUCAUUUAUACCCUCUUGGUGUGGAACUUGGAAUCUUAAGCAGAGAAAUCGAAAGAAUAGAAAAGGAUCACAAAUCCUCUAUUGACCAGAUGUUUUUCGUCCUAUUGGAAUGGCGCAAAAAAUUACAUUCUUCAUUUUCUGACCUUGAAGAAGCCUUGAAGCGAUGCAAUAUUGACAUCCAUGUACUGUGUGAGGUCUGCAAAACUAAUGUCUUUGAAACAGAUGUCAUGAAAAACCUUCCAUCUGACAUACUGGAUAAAGUCUUAUCCGACCAGGAGUUGGAUGAAAUAGCAGGAUACGUUGGACGAGAAUAUUUACAUCUGUGCCUUCAGUUAGGCCACACAGUUAGCCACAUAGAACGAGUCAUGGAUGAAAAAAAAUAUAAUUUUCUCGAGGGAAUUCGUGUGCUUUUGCGAGACUGGAGAAAAAGUGGUCACUUUAAACCAACAGUAAAGAUGCUAGGGUGCGCAUGGUUACAAUGUGGGAUGGAUUUCAAUGUAUUUUACAACUUGUUUGUAAAGCAAGAGAAAGAUGUAUGGCAACUGCCUUUUAUAUUUUAAAAAAAAUGGGAGAACAAGAAACAAUAGUUUAAAUGGGAUUUUUUGAAAUAUAUUUUUAUUUAUCAUAAAACACAUAUUUCUUAUUAUCAACGUUGUAUUCUAUUUUUUCUUGAUAUAUAUAGAACGAUGCAUGAUGCUUCAGAAGUAUAUUUUUAUAUUAUAUCAAAAUGCAAAAUAAACAAUUUAGUAUAAAUUAAUUUUUUUUGCAGAAUUAACAUCAAGUAUGUACGUACGGGAUUCAAACAGAAUAUAUAGAAAAAAAAUCUUGAAAAAAAUAAUCUAAUCAAAAACCCAAACAUUUUGAUAUGUUGACUAUUAUUUAUAAAAAUUACAUAAUAAUUAUUAUAUACUUGGAAAUUUUACAUUCUGAUUAAAGUUUCUUCUUAGAAAACCCAAAAAUAAGUAGCCAAGUUUUAAUGAAAGCCAUUCCCUGUAUUUUAAUUUCAAGUUUUUCAAUCAGUUACAUGUGCAAUAGAUAGAAGAAAAAAUAGUAAAAGGGGUUUUAGGUAUUUAUAAGUGUUAAUGUCCCUCCCAAAAUUAACCAGAUGGUAAAAAACGAAUCUUUGUUUUUUUUUUUUUUUUUUUUUUUUUUUGCUUCCUGAAAGAUAAAUUGAGGCAUUGCCAAAAAAAGUGGAAGUGGGCUACAUGUACACUUGUUGAUUACAUAUAAAAUAAAUCUACAGUUUGAGUUCCUGAUAUCCAAGUUUAGUGAACCAGAAACAUCAGAAACCUCAGUAAUCAUGAAUUUAUAGAUUCUCAAUUCUGGAAUGCUGGAUUAUUUACUGCACUAAUAUCAUAAACAUGUAGUGUUAUAAAUUUUUUGCAUGUACCUUGUGUAAAAAAUGUAAAUGUAUCGGCCAUGUAGGAAUUAUUUUUAGUUAAGUCAAAAGGACGUUUAUAUAAAGGUGAUUGUUUUAUCUAAGUGCAAGGACUUGAGUGUUUAUAGCCCUUCUCAACAAAGGAAAAAAAUGAGUGUACUUGUCUGCAUAUCUAUCUACAAGGAUGUUUUUUUAACUUCUUCCCAUUCUUAAAGUUUUGUUUAUUUGUGAUGAAAAUAUCCACAAAAUACCGUUUCUUUGUAUAUGAACUUAUUUGAACUUCUUGAAAGGUUUAGAUGAUCCAAAUUAUUUAUUGAUCAAAAACUGAAUAUAUUGCAAACAUAUGAAUAAACGCCAUCAGUAUUUGUAGAAAUUAUAUUUUACUGUUUGCAAAAUAUGCUAGAGCAAUAUGCAUACAUGAACAUCGAUUCAUUAAAAGAUUGAAAAGAUCAAUGUAAAGCUAUGAAUGUAUGAAUAUCGGCAACUUUUUAUUUAUAUUUCAACAGAAACUUACCACUUGGAAACACAUAUUAUGCUAACUUACUAUGUCGCUUUUUAUCAAUAUUAAUUCUUUACUAUAUAAUAUAUAGACAGAGUUUCCCUUCAUUUUAUUGUUUCCUUUUUAUACAAUAUUAAUGAUAAGGCAAAAUAGAGUAUCACUGAUCCUGUAAAAAAUAAUGAUCAAAAGUCUGCACUGUCAUAUUAGUCAUAUGAUGCUAGUAUACAGGGAUCUAAUUGUCUUUUUACAUUCGAAUUUUUUUAAUUGUUUUUUCGGUG